UCUAAGGUCCCUUCCAGUUCUGACUUUCAUUGUUAUAAUGGCUCUCCCAGCUCUGACAUUUUCUGUUUUAAGGUACCUCUCAUCUCUGAUAUUCCAUGUUCUAUAUUCUAAGAUUCUUCUUUGUUCUGACGUUCCCUGUUCUAAGGUCUCUCCCUGUUUUGACAUUCUCUGUUCUAAGAUCGCUUCUAGAUUUGCCAUUCUACGUGCUAAUGUCUUCUCAGUUUUUCAUUUUAAUGACCUUCAGUGUACUGAUAUUCCAGGAAACUUCAAGAAACUGAGGUUGCACAAAGAGGUGUUAGUUAAUAAUCCAACUCUAAGGAGGAUUGAAGAGAAGGAUCUUAGAUCUUAACAGGUAGGGUGUCUGCCCCUAAUACACCUCUGCUCUUCUCCCAGCCUCCAUUCUGAGCUCCUGGAAUGCCACGGGGUGGGCCCAGGUGACCAUCACUUCAAUCCCUGAAAAAGCAACAGUCGGCAACAGCAUCACACUCUCUGUGCAGAGUGUCCAGAAAGAUGUCCUUUCUUUCACAUGGUACCGGGAGAACACCUCAAAAAAGUUCUGUGUCAUCAGACCUACAGAUGAAUAUAUGAAGUGUGAAAUUCCAGAUACUAGCCGAGUAAUUACACAUCUCAAUGGCUCCUUGACCCUGACAGACCUUUCAUCCAAAGAUUCUGGAUUCUACCUUGUCAAAGUCGGCACCUUUGAAAAAAAUCCGUAUUGGAGUGAGAAACGCAUCCAAGUCAUUGAUGAACCUAUAGCACUACAGCUCACUCUUAAUGCUGACUACAAUCAAAAGAGUGCCAUUGAAAUCAAAGUCAACUCCACCAUAGCCUUCUACUGCCAGAUCAAGUCCCAUCCAGUGACUUCUUAUCGCUGGACCCUCAAUGGCCACAACCUCAACCACACAGGGAACCAGCUCACCUUACACAAUGUGUCCUGGGCUCACCAAGGCAUCUACACAUGUUCUUCUCACAACAAACAGGCUAAGUCCUUCAAUUCAGCUAAGGUCACUCUCAGAGUGGAUUGGGGUUUUGCCUCAGCCUCCUCUUCAACCCCAUCUGAGAAAACUUAUCAGGAUCUAGAUGUCACCGAAGUAGAUGUCUAUGACCAGAUCAUUCACCCAAGAAGGAAGAUGUUUCAUAGAUGA